UCUGUUUGUCAGACUCGCAAUCCGAGGGAGAGGAGCGAGCCGCCAUUUUCCGAGCUCGUCGCUUCCCCCUCGAACGACAACAAUUAAAAAAAACGGACGAAGACGGGAUUUUAACAGCCGAAAUCGAAUACGAAGACCUUUAGGAGAAGGAGAGAAGGGAUUCCGCUCUAAGAACGACCGGAAAAGGGAUACAUUUCUUUGUUUUUACGUGGCUUUUGUCGGGGCGAUUGAAAAACAGCCGACUGGGCUCCUAUAUAGCUCGACUGCCCCCGUUUCUUUCGCCCAUUUCGUGAUUCCUAAACGCAGCCUGGAGGAGUGGGAGGAGGAAGAGGAGGGGGGUUACCGAACACCGGAGCGCGCGAGAGGCCGGGGAUUUUUCCACCUCAACGUGCAACAGUGGAAUCUGCAUCUGGAUAAUUGCUUCUGCCUGUCAGUUAUUACUACUAUAUUUUUUAAGCGUGGGGAUUUAUUACAUCAAUUUCCCCCGGAAUCGGCUCCUCAUCACGUGGCUGCCCCCUGGAACAGUGGUGGGUGGGUGGUGUGGAGCUGGCCUCGGCACCGGGAGAGGCCCCCUCGCCCGCCCCCUCCCAGCGCUGCAUGGCUGCAAUGGCGCCCGCUUUAACCGACGCGCCGGCCGAAACUCACCGCAUACGCUUCAAACUGGCUCCGCCCUCCUCCACCCUCUCCCCGAGUGGCGUGGAGGAAAGUGUUACCACCAACCAUAUCCUCGUGUCCAGUAACGGCGUAGUCAAGCGAAAGGCCUCGGAGGAGCGCCCCUCUCGUGGGGCCGGCCCCUGCAAGCCCCUCGUUACCUCAUAUCACUGUUCAGAUGUGACCUCUGUGUCCUCAGCAAAAGAGUCUCUCAAGCUGCAAGGUGUUUUACUGAAGACGCACAGCAUCCUGCCAAACCUCAUACCACGCAAGCACCAGGCUUUAGAGCUCUCUGAAGAGCAGCUAAAGAGCAUCAUGAGUGCCGGUGGAGGAGGUGGGCCAUGUGGGCCGCCCACCGUCCAAGGCACCAUUGUCAAUGGCAUGACAAAGAAAGUGACUAAACCGACUGAACGAGACAAUCCAGUAACCUUUAAUGGUGGUCAACAUGCUGUCGGGCAGGAUUUGUCAAAUCCGAAUCAAAUUGUCAUUUCUACCAGGGGAUUGACAACGAAUGGUCCUCUUCGAGACGGUGCGGAGGAGCACCAGCUGUCAACGGGUGAGUCCCAGAAUUGUCCCACCAAUGGAGAACCUCCUGCAACAUCCCCAACCUCCAUUACACCUUUCACAGUGGACAAAAUCUCAGACUGUGUUCCGCUAAGCAGUGAAGAUCCGUUGGCGCUCUCACUCGCUACCGAGCAAGACCCCUUAGGUGACCUUGGGGUGGAGCUAAGCGAUCGUACCCAGCACAGCCAGAGCAGACAAGGGGAGAUCGAGGCACGGCUACGGCGACUACGCAAACGGCUGCAGGUGGUGCAGGCCAAGCAGGUGGAGCGCCACGUGCAGCAACAGUUGGGGGGACUACUCAAGAGCACGCUGGGUGCUCUGGAUGCCAGACGGCCAAGAGGCCGUUAUGAUGACGACGCCCUCACCCCUCAGGAGAGGGACGGACUGGGACGUUUCCUGAAGUCUGGAUCUAUGCCGGCCGAAUUAGAACGACUGUCCCUGAGUUGUACCACCAACCUGCAAUCUGCUGAAUGUGCUUUCGAUUCCGAUGCUACGGAAAGCAGCUCAGGUGGAGAAACUGAUGUGGAGGAAGAUGAAUUGGCUCGGGUCGACAUUGAGCAACGUCACAUUCCUCUAUGUAGGAGAGCAGAAGGCCGUUAUGCUGUGGACAGAGCCGCUAUCAUCAGUCACUGGAAUUGGCUACAGGCCCAAGUCUCAGACCUGGAGUACCGUAUACGUCAACAGACCGACAUAUACAGACAAAUACGCUCCAGCAAGGGCUCUGUUGUACUUGGGGUGAGCUCAGUGUGUGAGUCGGCACCAGAGGACAGCAGUGACUCAAGGACAGAGAACAUUACCUGCCCUGUCACACGGGAGCAUGAUACUGUUGGAGUGGAAGUGUCUGUAUCAUCCAAUGGUAUUGUCACAGAAAGUGGCUUGAGGAAAAGCUGUGGACCCAUGAGACAGGUCAAUGGUGUUAUCAACAGCUUACGACCCGGUUCCCCUGUCACCUCAAGCCCAUAUGAGCAGAGCUGCUCUGAGUCUCAGCAGAAGUUGGAGCUGGGCCCUCUGGCUUCCUCUGUGCUUGACAACACAUGUGUGGCGUCCCGCACGCGGCCACUGCUCUCAUGCAGGAAACGCAGGGUCCUCCGGCCCGGUUCGCUCACCAGUCUCAGUCGUAAGAGGUCAGUGGCUCCUCGCUGUGGCUGUGAGCUGAACACUCAGUGUGUUAUGUGCAGUGGAUGUGCUCUCCCUCCUGCAGACACCCAGCAUCAGCUCCCCCUGCUGGACAGACUGGCACAGUUCGACCCCUGCAUUCACCCCAUCCUCUCCUUUCCUGAUGAUGUGAUGAUGAAUCUCCAUAUGCAGCGUGUGCUGAAGGGACACUGGCAGAAUCGUCCUCUGGAGAAGAUCAAGCCCAUCAAGAAGAUCUCGCUCAAGCACAAGUUGUGUUUGGGUAGCCGCAUCUCAGACCCUUCCUCCAAAGACAAACACAGGCUCGCCAACUCUCUGCUCUCCUCCACAGUCCGUUUGUCGCAUCAUAAGGUCCGCUCCGAGAAGGUGUCCCGGCAGCAGUUAGACAUCCCGAUGAGUGCCAGUAAACUUGACUCUCGCCAGCAUUUCCGGCAGAGCAGUUCUUUUGACAGGAGCCACAGCCGCAAGAGACCUCGUGAACCCUCGCUGGACCGCACAGAAAAUGCUACGAAGUUAUAUAUGGAUAUGGGGAGUCCAUGCCCAUCGCUGUCCGCUUUCAACACACCCACCCACAGUCCCCUGAUGAGACAGCCAUCGAUCUCCGAGACCUCCACACCCCUCCACUUCAACAGCAGCGCCUCUACUAUUCGAAGACGGAGAGGAGAGAGCCCUUUUGACAUCAAUAACAUCGUCAUCCCCAUGUCUGUGGCCGCCACCACCCGAGUGGAGAAACUACAGUAUAAAGAGAUCCUUACCCCAAGUUGGCGAGAAGUGGAUGUUUUUGCAAAACCAAUAGCUGAAGAGGACGACGUAGUGGAGGUUGAGGAUCUCUCUGACGCAACAUUCUCUGAGCUUCACCUUCCGUAUCAGGAUCAGGAGCGCUCUCGCUGGAGUUGGACCGCCAGCAAUGUCGCAAUGAGAAGAGGCAGCAGGUCGUACAAGUCUGUGGACGGACGGACAACCCCCUUGCUUUGCGGCACCAACCCCUCCACGCCGCAGCCCUCAUCUCCAGACACGGCGCCUUUCCACCUGCUGCACGAGUACAGCUCAGUGGCGUCUCCCUCCAGCCCCGUCAGCCCGGAGAUGCUGAUGCUGUCCAGCCUGUACACGCCUGGCUCCAGAGACUCCCACCGGAUGCUGUCCAAUGAGGACACGCGCUCCUCCACCCCAGAUACCUGCGAGGAAAUGGCUCCUCAGCCGGUACAGCCAUGGGAACUCCGGACCUUCCCACUGGACGUGGACCCGCAACAAGAGUGCGAAAUUCAUGUCAGUCCGGCUGGCGAGAGGCCCUGUAGGACUGUUCGACGUGUGUCCGGCAGCAGGACUUCCAAGUCGGAGUCCGACGCAGGGCCUUCGUCACCUCUGGGCGAUGACUGCCCCAAGCAGCAACAAACCAACCCACCCAAACCUACUCACCGAUGAAGCCUAGACUCUGCCCACCCACCAGCUUUCAGAAACUCCUGGAACAGCAGCAACGUAGACGGAAAGAAAACCAACAAAACAAAUGAAAGUCCCUGUUGUUUGAUAUUCAAACAUCAGUAAAUUCUUUCACAGUUUUUAGUGAAUUGUAUGGCGAUAUAUAUAUAUAUAUAUAUAGAGAGAGAGAGAGACCUGUUUUAAUUUAGUCUUUCUUUUGGGUCACUGGAGGACAAGAAUGUUUAGGAAGAGAAAUACAAUUAAAAGAAAAAGAGAUUAGCUUAAGUGCUAAACCAAAAUAAGCAGCUCCGACACGUAUAUCGUAAUAACGCAGAAGAGCACUUCCCCCUUAGCAUGCUGUCGUACUGAGGGGCUCAGCUUGCAUUGUGUGUGCUUCUCUUCCAGAAGUUUUCCAAAAUCCCACCUAAAAUUACUUGUUCGGCCUUGCAGUUUAUACUGGAGUGAUAAAACGCAAAAAUAAAGCCAAUAAUAAUGAUUACAAAAGACUUGCACGAAGACGCCAAUGCUUGUCUUGGUUCUCUCAGUGAAAGCACUUCAUUUUAAAAUCUUUCCACGUUCCCUUUUUUUGUUUUGAACAGAAACUUUUCCUUGCAUAAAUCCUAAUUUCUGGUUCAUUUUUUUGUCCUGUGUUCUCUUGUAUACCAUGGUCCGUAUGUGCCCCAUUUCUGUCAAAAGUGACGGAGAUAGCAGGUGCCUUCAUCGCAGCCAGGAAAUGAAACUGCCACGUUGCUCUAAUGCGCUUUUUAAACGCCACCAAGUCUGAUUAGAGCACUUAAUUGGUCUCUUUUGCAUGACACUAUUUCCAGGAACCCUACAAUCAGCACCCGAAUAAACGUGCACAAGGCCGCUGAUAUUGGAGACUCGACUGCUUUAAGCAUCGGGGAAAGUCCCUUCUCAUGUGGGCUUGGGUUAGUGUGAGUUUUAAAGCACUUGGCGGUACUGUGCAUGACCAGAUUAGUCCAAAGAACAUGCAGUCACUCCAAUAUAAACUGAAACUUCCUGCCUUGUUUCCCUUUUAACAUGGUUCCUCCUUUUAUGUCCCAACCCCGUGGAAAAGAGCUCUUCCAUUGAUUGGUCAGGUCUGAACUCUGUCUUCGUUUAAUACAACAAUCUUAAGCCAUCAUCAAAUCCCAUAACUUUGAUUUAUGAGGAGUCAUAGCAUUAGCUGGAGUACUUGACGAGAGAGGAUUUGGCAAAAUUUCAUUCGUUGGCUCCUCGGUUGCUGUCGGUCACAGCCCCGUGUUUUUUGUUUUUUUUUUCAUUGUGUAACAACGAGGAACGAUUUCUGUUAGUUCCCUGUCAGUGAGUCACUGCUUGCAGCUCCUUCCUGUUAUUUUAACUAAUACGAAUGUAAUAAAGUCUAAUAGUGGACACCAGUUACUUACAAAUUUUAUAAGUAGCUUCUCUGUAUCUGUUGUCACACGAAUCUAGCUAUUGUAGCCAUUUGAUCUUGUUUAAGGGAUGUCAUGUAAACCAGAAAUCCUUAAUAUAUUCCUUUUAUCUCACUGGAGCAUAACAGCAUUCAUAGUGUCAGAGAAAUCUCUUCUUUUGAGGUUGUGGGGCAAAUUGUAAGGGGACCAUCAACGACUGUCCCAUUUCCUGCUGAGAAACCCGCCGCCCCUUUCAUUCUUAAUAUCAUUAAUUAUGGUUUAAUGUCUCUCUCUGUGGGGGUCUGUGUACUUAUCAGGCAAAUGUACCAUAAGGUUUGACUAGCUUUCAAAAGCCAAUAUUGUAUCGUGUGAGUUAUUUUCAUACUUUGAAUUUCCAAUGUGGUGAAUGAGGGUUGGGUGAGUCUGGUAUAUCCUUUAGCAUGUAAUAGUUUGUACAAAACAACAACAAAAAAAAGUUUAUUUUGUACAUACCUUGUUUGAUUCUUUACUGUGUUUGAUGUUCAGGCUGUAGCUGUCCUGAUUGUCUAGGGAGAAGACGCGUGAGAAUAUUUAACACUUUCUUUAUGCAGAGGCAACAAGAAAGAAAAAAAAGUUUAUGGAUGAUUGGCCGAUCGGACAGACAGGCAACGUUUGUGCUUCUCAAAUUAAAAGUGAAUUAUAUUGUA